AUGAUAAUUUCAGGUUAUCCAUCGGAGCUCUAUCCGUUCACGCAGGCAUCACCGCCACCUCUCUCUCCAGUCGCCGCUUCCAUGGCGUCUCAGUUUAUCCGUGAAUGGAGUGGGAUUCAGCAAUUCCCUCCCGCCACCCAGGACAAGUUGCUACAACUGUUGGGAAAACUAAAGGAGAAGAAAAGGGACAGGUUAACGAUUCUUGUAAUGGGGAAAGGUGGAGUUGGAAAGUCUUCGACUGUGAACUCUAUCAUUGGUGAAAGAGCAGUUACUGUUAGUGCUUUUCAGUCAGAAGCAUUGAGGCCUACAAUGGUGUCAAGAGAGAGGUCAGGGUUUACAUUGAACAUCAUUGACACACCAGGCAUUGUUGAAGGAGGAUAUGUUAAUGAUCAAGCUCUUGAAAUCAUCAAAAGGUUUCUUUUGAACAAGACAAUAGAUGUUUUGCUCUAUGUGGAUCGAUUAGAUGCAUAUAGAGUUGAUACAUUAGAUGGACAAAUUGUGAAAGCUAUAAGCAAUAGUUUUGGUCAAGAAAUAUGGAGAAAAGCAAUUGUAGUUCUCACACAUGCUCAAUUAUCACCUCCAGAUUGUCUUUCUUAUGAUGAAUUUUUAGCAAAAAGAUCUGAAGCUCUUCUCAAGGUUGUGUAUCGUGGUGCUAGGUUCAGAAAACUAGAUAUCGAGCACUUUCCUAUUCCUAUUGGUUUGGUUGAAAACAGUAGCAGAUGCAACAAAAAUGAGAAAGAUGAAAAGAUUCUUCCAAAUGGGAGUGCUUGGAUUCCAAGCAUAGUGGAAACAAUCACAGAAGUCAGUUUGACCGAAAGCAAAAGCAUUUUGGUUGACCAGAAGUUAAUUGAUGGGCCUAAUCCGAAUGAAAGAGGGAAACUAUUCAUUCCUUUCAUCAUAGCAUUUCAAUACUUUUUUGUUGUGAAACCGCUUCAAAGAUCAAUCAAGAAUGAUGUCGCGAAAGAGCUAAAGCCUUUAUGGGCUUGAGCAACAAAGAAGGAAGAUUUAUGGUAAUUAGUUUUGGAUUUUAAUUUUAGAGAACAAUUUUUGUUUAAAUCUAAAAGUUUACAAUUUCUUAAAAUUGAAUUGAUGUUGUUGGUAUUGAUAUCACAAUGUAGAGGAAAGUGUGUUGUUUUUGUCAUGUCAAGGCUUUUUUUGGAGGGGUUGGAUUUUAAUUUUUUUUAA